CCGGCCGUCCUUCCGUCUUCUUAGAUGCCUUGAUCUUUCCGUACGGUGUAUCUGCUCCGGGAUCGGCGCGAUCAAUGGCGACGACAUCUGCAAACGGAAAUCUGGGAGUUUCUGCUGAGCAAAGAUGGCAGCCAUGACUGCAUCCCAACAGCCGAUCCCUCCCUCAUCGACGGCUGCCUAUAUGCCGGGCUUGAAAGCAUCAUCAGUGACAUCCUCUUCGUCAGCCACGCUAGACGGAUGCACGCCUAGCUCUCCAAGGCCUCUCCAUAUUUCGCGACCUGCUUCGCCCACGCGUUCUCCCCGAGACGGCUUUCUUUGUACAUUCGAAGGGUGUGGCAAGGAAUUCAAGGCUAAGGCGAAGCUCGAAGCGCACUUGACCUCACAUUCAGACAUUCGCCCUUUCUCCUGCUUGCAUUCGUCUUGCGGAGCCGCCUUCAAGCGAAAGGAGCACCUGCAAACUCACGAGCUGCGGGUCCAUUCGGCUGCUUCCUCUGCCAAAAUCCAGGGGACAGCAUUGUCAAACCAGCGAAAAUUCAUCUGCACACAUCACAUUUCCUUAGGAUCUGACGACGUCCAAUGUGGCAAGAGUUUCUGGACGAAUUCCCACCUGCAGCGGCACAUUGCUCAGAUACACGAGGAUGCAGACACUCUCGAGACUGCAAGCAAGGGGGCGUCGCAAGGGGCUAUGCCGACAAAUGAAGGGCGCUGGGCGCCAGAUAUUUUACAUACUCUUGGAACUGAUGCGAACAAGGCUUAUAAAUGCGUCGAAAGAGGCUGCGACGCCUCUUUUUUCAAGCGGAAAAGACUUCGAGAGCACGUCUGGGCAAAACACUCGCUGGUUCCAGAUCGCUACAGCCACCCUCCCGUUGGAGCAUCGGACGACUCUCCACUGGCUGGGGACUCUGCGGGGCCCGCUGUCGCAAAGCCCUUCGUGUGCUCCUUCCCAGGUUGUGCUAAGGCUUUCCCUACUAUGGUCAAACGGCGGCAGCACACCCGAAUUCAUGAGGAAGGGAGAUACACGUGCUCUUUACCGCACCCGCAGCCGGACUCAAGCGGUAGCGGCGGUUCGAACGUCAUCCUUUCUUUCAGCACAUGGUCUGCGCUGCAGAAGCACAUCAAGGAGGCGCACCCGCCGGUUUGCCCGUAUCCGGAGUGCGCAAGCAAGACUUUCAAGACGAAGGAGAACCUCAAUGCACAUGUGCGACGGCACCGGGAACGUGAAGUGGCAGCAGCGAGUAAGGUGAUUGGUGGUAGGGACGCGGCAAAUGCAUCAAUGGAAGCAUCUGACAGCGCACCUGUUUCAAACGGUUGCGCGCAUUGGAAUCUCGGCGAGGUGACAGGCGUCGAUGCGGAGCUGCAGCUCGCACUCGAAGGCCGCAUCUUCCCUUGCACAAUAUUGGGCUGCAAUAAGACGUUCAAGAGCAAAUACGCGCUGACUACGCACUUUAGUGUCAACCACCUCGGCAUCAAGCGCUUUAUCUGCGGCGAGACGGAUGUCGGCGGGAAGAACAGGCUCGGGGAGGGCUGUGGAUGGAAGUUUGGACACAAGCACGAGCUCGUAAGGCAUCUCCGAAUCUGCAAAUCCAAGGGCAAAUGCAAGCAGCGCGAAGCGUCUCGUGAAGAUGACGCACCAGACUGCAAUGGCGACGAAGGGAGCUGUUCAUCACCGAUUAUCGAGCGGGAUGACGAAUAUUUCCGCCAAGAAGGCGGCGCGGUUCCUCAAAGAGACGCACAAAGGCCUCCGGCGCCUGUUCGAGCGCAUGGUAGAGGUCCUAGCAACAACCGAGGCGCAGCAACAGCAUCGGUGCUCCAAGGGCUGCUCGCGGCGGCCAGGCAGGAAGGGGAUGGGCGUGGCAAAGGCAAGGGAAUGCGCAAGCGCAGGCGUCGUGACAGCAACAGCGAAAAUGGGAGGAGAGAUGCAGAUUAUCAAUACAGCAGCGAUGGAGACCACGAAAAUGCCAAUGACGAUGAAGACAAUAUACCAGCCUCGCUCGACAAGGCCACCCAUCCACCUCGCAAGGUGCGCAAGAUGCGCGGCGCCGUACUUGGAUGUCCGUGGGACAAGAUCGUCGAGCUGCGGGAUACCGCCGACGCCGUUGCCGAGACUGCAGAGCAGAGUACAUCCUCGUCUUCGACGACGACGACGCCUAUGUUGAACUGCACGGCGCGCUUCUCGCGCCUGUACGAUCUGGCGCGCCACGUACAGGCCGUGCACAGCCUACGACUGACGAACGCCGAGCUGCUGGCGGUGGUGUCGCAGGAGGAAGCGCGGCGGCUGCCCAAGCCGCGGGGUUCUCCUUCGUCCACUGCUAUUGUGUCGCGGUAAGGGCGACGGAGGGAGUGGCGUUUUGGAAUUGUAUGUAUGUUCAUCCAUGUCUGUAUUCUAGUCAUCCAUCUGUG